AUGGCAUUGUAUCUUGUAGUUGACGCAUUUAAAAAACUCGGUUCUCCAACGGUUCGAAAUGAUGAUUUUUAUGAUCGUUUGAGUCGAAAAUAUUCACUUAUAUUAUUAGGCGUCUCAUUUCUUGUUGUUAGUACAUCACAAUUUGUCGGUCAUCCUAUUAAUUGUUAUACACAAAAUAUUGCUGGUAGUCAUAUAUCAUAUGUUAAUUGGGUGUGCUGGAUAUCAAAUUCGUAUUAUUUACCAUUUGAAAAACCACUACCAAAUAGAGAUCAAUUAACACCAGAUAAAAUACCGUAUUAUCAAUGGGUACCAUUUAUUAUAUUGUGUAUGAUGUUUUUAUUCUAUCUACCUGGUUUUGUAUGGCGAAAUAUGAAUAAAACAUGUGGUAUUAAUACAAAAAUUAUUACAAAUAUGGUACUUAGUAUGGAUCAGUUAAAUUCGGAAACGCGUGAAAAAAGUGUUCGUUCCCUAGCGAAACAUAUUGAUAAGGCAUUAGCGUAUCAUCGUGAAUAUGAAUAUGGUUUUAUGUAUAAAAUACGUCGAUCCAUAACAUCAAUAUUAUGUUGUACACUGGGCCGUACAUCCGGUAAUUAUUUGGCAUGUGUCUAUAUUUUUGUGAAAUUUUUAUAUAUUGCUAAUGCUAUUGGUCAAUUAUUUUUGUUAAACUUAUUUAUGGGCAAAGAUUUUAAUAUGUACGGUAUUAAUGUAUUAAAUCAAUGGCUUCAUGGCAAUGAAAUGGAUGCGGUUGAACGUUUUCCACGUAUAACAAUGUGUAAAUUUAAAAUUCGUACACUGGGUGAUAACAUUCAACCGUAUGAUGUUCAAUGUUUAUUACCAAUCAACAUUUAUAAUGAAAAAAUAUUUUUAUUAAUAUGGUUUUGGCUUGCAUUUGUGGCUGCAGCAUCGACCUAUGGUCUUAUUAAAUGGUUAUAUUAUUUUACAUCAAAAUCACGUAGAGAUUUCAUUCAAAGAUUUUUAAGAGCUAACGAUAUUCAUUAUAAUGAUUCAUUGAAUCAAACAUUGAAUAGUCAUCCUUCGCCAGCAAAACGUUUAGAUGAUUUUAUUAAUAAUUAUUGUCGACAAGAUGGUAUUCUACUAUUAAGAAUUAUCAAAAAAAAUACCAAUAAUGUUAUUGCUGGUGAAGUUAUUUGUGCAUUAUGGGAUAAUUGGAAAAUAUAUCCACAAUUUCGUUCGAAUACAACACCCGAAUCAGAUAGUGGAAUAAUGACCAUUGGUGUACAUGGUAGCGGUGAAGGUGGAAAUGAUCAUCCAACAAUGAAACAGUUAUUGAUGUCCCAAACAUAA